GGAGCUUUUUCGGGGUGCUUCUUUCUUCGUGGAACCGGCGCGGGUCGCCAUGACCAAGAGCAGUGCCAGACUGAAACAUGCAGGACCUGCUGAAAAACCUGCGCCGGACAAAGUGGCACUCUCCCUCGCAGACAGGAGCAAAAAGGCCGAGGAGGCCUACUUAGCUCGAUUCCGACGCCCUCAGCGCGACAGAAGUCGCAGCGCGCAGCCACCGAACACAGCGGACGACGCCCCAAGCGCGCGCGCGGCGAAGCAGAGGUCGGACGUGCUGCCGCUGCCGGAGACCCGGAGACCGGAGGAGGUGCGACGGGGGACCGAGCCACAGUCUCCUGGCAUCUAUGAAGACCCUCUCAGUGAACGGGCCCUCCCGGAGCGAGCGCUGGUUCCCGCUGCCCACGACGUGACCGGCGUGACCGGCCCAGUGGACACCCCGGCGGUGAACGAAGCCCCGGUGGAGGCCGUGAAGGAAGCUCCGGACGAGAACUGCGAUCCGAACCAGCUGAAGCAGCUGACGCGGAACGAGACACCCGAGAAACUGAGCGAGAAGCCGGCGGUCGACCCCGAAGAGAAGGCGGUCGACCCCGAAGAGGACCUCAAAGCCACCUUCCCCGAUGCGCGCUCUCGACGGACGUGGGUCCAGGUGGCAGAAGAGGAAGACACGAUCACCGUGCUAGCGCCAUUGAAAGGCUCCAACUUUGUGCCAGGCGGUAAGUUCGCGACCGGGCUGGACACGGUGCUGCAAUCUGCCCUUGAUCAGGUGAAUGAAAACGCCAAGGCGUGCUACGAUUGCUAUGAGGAGGCCUGGAGGCCCAGACCGCUGGAGGCUCCCCUGGACCACAUAGAGGACGAGUACCCAACAGGCUUCGUCGAGGAAGUCCUGCGCCGUGGCACGGAUCGGAUGCUCGACAGUCCCACCUCGGAUCGACCGCUUCUAGCUCUUUUGGAAGAGAAGCGACUGGUGCCGGAACGAAGAGAAGCUUGCGAGGAGAGCGCGAGCGCUUGCGGCGCUUCCGCUGUGGCUGCCGAACAGCUCGCCCCGGUCGCCGCCGAGGUCGCCGAGGUCGCCGAGGUUGGACAGGAUGAAGAGGCGGGUCCUCAAGCCGUGGAGGAGCCGCUGUCGCGGACCUCGAGCGGAUCCGCUGCACUGCUGGGGGACGCGGAGGUGUUGGAAGAGGCUGCAAUGAGUGAAGCAAUCGCACGUGAAGAUGCAGAACAUGAAGAGGCGACCUUGCCAACCUCCACACCUGCCCCAGCGAUAUCCAUCGAAGCAGAAAUCGUGGAUGUAUCCUCAGUCUUGGCUGGGCCUGCGAACGAAGAUCAGGAGGAAUUGUGUGAUCAGCCCGAAUUGUGCGACCCUGCGCCGGUGGAUCCACUCGCAAGUGUGGAUGCGGUUGAGGAGCAGGUGCUCCUGCAAGAACCGGCCAACAGCGAGGUUGCCGAGGAAUCGCGUGAUCAGCCGGAAAUGUGCGACCCUGCGCCGGUGGAUGUGCUCGCAAGUGUGGAUGUGGCUGAGGAGAAGGCCGCCGAGGUCGGGCGGCGACCCAGCCGCGGUGACGCGCGAGCGGAGGAGGUGAAGCGCUUGUUUGGCGAGGUGGAGCGCCGAGUCGAGGAAGGAUGGAAAAAGCACCUCAAGCCGCGAGGGAAGGCGUUGAGAUCAGCGACCUGCAGAAUUGAGAUCAGUGAGGCCUCUGCUCAGAUCAGGUUGAACUUAAAGAUCAAGUGGAGGCCACGGACCGUUGGAUUGCCCGCCGUUCUCGGCGCUACUGGGCUUGAUCCUUCAGAUGAUGAUGGGCAUCCACCGCUGGAUCCGGCAGGUUUCGCGCCAGCAGCCCGAAGCUUCCGUGCAGAGCACCACGUGUGUGGGGACACGUGGUCUACUGGACCCUCCGGUGGCCUUCUUCCGACGGCCGAGGAGCUUGCCAAGACCCCGGAGAAGAGGCCACCGCAAGAGCUGGCGAAGGAGGACUGGCCUCUGCCUCUGUCCAGCCGUGCCGCGGGGGCCGCACGGAGCGCAGCGAGCGGAGCAACAAGCCGAGCAGGUGACAGCGAGGUGCAGAAGCACUUCAAAGCCACCUUUCCAGAGGCCAAGGUCGCUUUGCUCCCCAGAAUCCAGGCGCGCUCGGUGCCCAAAGAGGACGGUCCCGGCACUGGAACUUUGAGUCACGUGGGGUCAGGCGCCAGCUGUGCCCCAAGCAACGGCCUGGACACCCUGCUUCGAUCUGCCCUGGAGGCGUCCUUGAGCUUCACCGAUGAAGCUUCUCCCACGGGCUUCUCAGAGGAGCGCCGGGGUGUUGGCCAUGGGGUGCCGAUCAAAUGCGGGGCUCCACCGAGCGGCCGUGAGGGGCGCCCGGCGGAGUUCGUGCGUUCGGAGCGCCGCGCUGUGCGGGGCGGAGACGGAGUCGCCACCGGGAUGGAACUGGAGAUCCCAGCCCUUCCGGAAGCCCAGCCCUUCCGCUUCUCCUACGGAGAAGCGCAUGUGAUUGGUGUCUUGGGACUCCCUUGGGGACACCUCCGGAAGUCCCUGAACAUCAUCAUCCGGAUCUUUGGGCUUGGAAUCAAUGAACAGCCUUCCGUGCUGGAAGCGAUCUCUGAGGAGUGCCGUUGGGGCGAGGACGAGCUCACCGAUGCCUCGGCGCUGGCGGCGGCCGCGCGCCUGGCGGGGAAGCUGGCGGCCCGGGGCGAGUCCACCUUCUCCUCCGUCGGAGCCUCCGAAGCCUCGCCGCCGGACGCGGACGCCGCGGGACCGGCGCCCUGCCCGGCCGACGGGGCGCACCCCACGGACCGGCCGAGCCGCUCGACGUCGCCGGCCGCGGCCGCGGAGCUCCCAGAGCCGGGCUCGGCGGGCUCCGAGAGCCGGCGACCCCAGACGUGCGCCGUGGAGGCGCCCGCCGCGCCGAUCCUGGCGCCGGCGACCGGGCGGGGCGCGGAGCGAGCGCCGAGUGGGAAGGCGGGAGCUGUGGAGGACGGAUGGGGCAGGCAGGCGAAUGUUGGCCUUGCCCGCGCUGUGGCAGAGAAGUUGGAGGAGGCCCCCGGCACGCUGUGCCCGCACGCUGUAGCCAAGCAGACGGAGCUCACGCCGUCGCCAUCGCCAGCUCCCUCCAUGCUGAGGCUGGCAGAGACCGGAGCAGAGCCCGCGCGUGCCGUUGGAGACGAGCGAGACGAGUGGCGAGGCGCGGAGGCCUUCCUGCGCCACGGAUCCAGCUUACUAUGCCUGGCACGGAGGCAUGGCGUCACCGCUGGCUGUCUUUACAUCACGGCCGUUGAGAUGGCGUGGCAGUUGGGUCAACCUGGCCAGUUGGGUCGGAAGGGAAAGAAGGAUCGAAGGAUCUGCAGCAUCGCAGGCCACUCGAUGGACCGGGAGCAGGUGGACGAAGUGCUGACCGAGUUCGAAGCCACCACGUCGUCCAUCGGAGGGAUCGAGAAGAAAAUGGCCAAGGUCAGCCAGUACAUGGACACGGUGCAGGCGCAACGCAUGGCGCUUGGCCGCCAAGCCGAGGUGACCACGUCGCUGAUCGACGGGCUCGGAGAAUCCAUGGCGGAUCAAAGCCAAGUGCUCUACGACUACUUCACCUCCAGCUUUGAACACUUCGCAGGACUGGUGGAGGCGCUGGAAACCUCGCUCUACAAUUUGAAGCUUGAGGAUGCGCCUCGUCAGAUACAACGGGAGUUUGGCCCUUUACUGGUGCCGUCCGUAGUCUUGGUUUGCAUCAUCACAGCCAGCAACUGCUACUUUGGCUUCCUUUUAGCCAGUGAUGAGAGUCUUGCUGAUGCACUUAGCGCGCGGCUGGCCCACCCUGGGGGCAACACCACCGACGCGGUGCACAGCGAGAUGAGUGAGAUGAACAUCUUGUUCCUUUUUGCCGUGGCACACGUGGUCCUCAUAGGCCUUGCCAUUGUGUACAUUGUCAUCGAUCUCUUCCGCAGGUGGUGCCGCAGGCGGCGCCGGUCCUCGGGACGCUUUAGCCUCGCAGGCUCUUUUCUGGAUUCUGAGGAUGAAGAUGAGCUGGAAAGUGUGGAUGAGGAUCAAGAUGAAGGAGGCGAUGAGUCGAUCGACGAAUUACCGGAGGCGAAUCCGGUCGCCGGGCCGGCGGCGUCCCAGCCGGCUGGCCAGGCGGAACGCAAGUCCACCAGUGCCCCUCCCGACCGGUCGGGCGACCGGUUGAGCGUCUCGACGGGGAAUCGGGUGUCUUGGUGGUCUUCAAGAUCCUCCCGGAGGUCGCAGGCUCCACGGGUGUCGGUGGGCAAGAGCAACUUUCACGGCGCCAGCCGAGGGCUUCGGUUCUCGCAGCUGCUGAGGCGCGUGCAGCACGCAGCGCUCCGCGACUCGCCCCCACGGGCGGUGUCGGAGGGGAUCUUCCGGCUGUCUUCGGGCUCGCGCGCGUCCUUGCACAAGCCGACAAAGGAGUGGGCCGGAAUCUGUCGCGUGAAGGAUAACGAAAUAGCGGUGCGCGUGGCGGCCGCCUCGGGGUCCACUGUGAUCACCACGAUCGCCAACGGCAGGCGGAUCGAAGUCGUCCAGGCCAUCCGCGGCGGUCGAGGCAAAAUCUGGGGUCGCAUCGCUUCACCUCCAGGUUGGAUCCUCUUGGCCGAUCAACAAACCGGUUUUAAGGCGGUCGCCAAGGUGAAAGAAGCUGUGACAAGCAAACCGCUGUGA